UUGUGGCGGCCGCUUGUUCCGCGUUCCUGGUCUCCUAGCAACGCGGCCCUCUAGCCCUGCCGCGGCGCUUGGGAAACCCCGCCGGCUCCGGCCUUGUCUUUCAGCUGUCGGUGCGGACGCUCUGAAGCGGGCUGAUCGCGCGAUAGGUGUAUGUUUAACAUAUACAUAUAUAAUCAAUUGCGGCCUUGAAGAGACAUUUGGUUGGACGUUCCUCUCCGUGACACGAGCUCUAUAGGGUUAAUCCAUCGAGUAAGGCUUGCCUAGAGUGACCCUGAGCAAUGGCAUCCAGCGGAGUGGGAAAUGGCUAAAGUAUGAAAACUCUUUCCGGCUGGGGGCGGGGAAGGCAUUCCUGUUUUUGAAUUUCUUGGUUAGCAGCUCUGAUUCUCACGGGAGGCAAGACCAAGCCCCCAAUUCACUUUGCAAGGGGAAAGAGGUGUGAAGAGGAAAACCUUUCUCUGAAUAUAUCAAUACCUGCUUAUUCAAACCUGGAAUAAUUUAUAGCAUCAUUGAAACGACUCAGGCCUAAUACUUCCCACAUGCAUGAGGCAAAAGAGGGAGGUCAGCUGUGAAGAAGAUAGUGAGCUUUGCCACAAGGCCAGUGCCGUGCCAGAAUUGAUCAAAUGGCUGCCGAACGAGCAACAUUGGCCAAAAUGGGCAUCCCGUGCCAAAGUGUGCAGCAGCAUAUAAAAAUGGAGGAUGGCAACAAAGAAGACGGGGGGCUGAAAGCACACCACAUUGUCCCGGCCAGGAGUCUGACGAACCUCUUGGGGUGGGCGGAUCCAGAACAGAGGAAGCAGGAUCCCGACGAGGAGCUGCCCCAGUGCUGGGACCACCUGAAGCUGGUCCAAUCUCCGCUCCUGGGAUGGUCGAAUCCCCAACAGCCGAAUGAAUUCAUGCUGAGGCAACAGGAGGCCAUGAUCCGCGAGCAGCAGGUGCCAGUUCUAUUUGAAGACAUGGAUGUCCACUCUCUGGAGGCUGAACAAGUCUUGCUGGAUCGGCAACAGCAGCUCCUCAGGGAGGCCCAGGCAGGGCUGGAGAGGGAGGCUACCUCAUUCGUUGUUGGCUCCAUCACACCGAUACACAACUUCCACAAAAUGAGCCGCCGGGGCACCAAUUGGUCCCAUGGUGAAGUGCUGGACCUGCUGGAGAUUUGGGGGGAGCAAAGGAUCCAGCAAGUUCUGCAGAGCAGCCACCGGAACAUUGACACCUUCCAGGUCAUUGCCAAUGAGAUGGCCAAGAAGGGGCACGAGAGGACCCCCCAGGAGUGCCGAACCAAAACCAAAACACUGCGGCGGGACUACAAGAAGGUCAAGGAAAACAACUUAGCGGGGAAAGAACCCAUGACCUGCCCUUUCUACGAUGAGCUGGACCGUAUUUUUGAGACGCCUCCGCCACCACCUCCUGAGAGGAUGCCGAAUUUCAUCUAUCAAGAAGAGGCUGGAGGGGACAACUCCACUCUAGAUGCCCCAGAGAAGGAGGGACCCCCUGAAGAGUCCGAGGAUCAUUUCGAGACCCAGGACCAGUGCGAUCCCUCUUCUUCGUUGUCCCUUGAACCUGUCGAUCCAGUGGAUUCUGGUGCUGCUGUGUUCAAAGUAGAAAAUGCCAUUCAGGAGCCAGUCGUCAUUCCUCAGCCAGUCGUUGAAGUGGAUCCUCUGCCUGUCCCCAUGUCCCCUGCUCCCCAAAGUCUCCCUGGCAGCCCUGCCACCACCAGCUCCAUAGCAGAGGUCCACGUGAGCCCUUCCCCGAGUCCUGUGCCGGGGCCUACAGGCCACUCAGCCGCCGAGCGCCUCGUCCACCUCAGAAACCGGCACAAGAAGACCCGGAGCGACAUGGCCCUGGACCUGGCAACGGCGGCCGACCGGCGGAUGGAGAUGGCCACCGAGAAGAUCUUUUGGGCCCUCGAAGAUUAUGCCCGCGCAGACCUGGAGGACCGCGAAAGGCACCGGGCGGGAACGGAACGGAUCAUCAGCAUCAUGAACCGCCAGACUGAACUUUUGGAGCUCCUUGUGCGGCAUCAGCCCUCUGCUCCCGUGGCGGGGCCCCCAGCGUCCAUGCGGCACAGGUGGCCCCCACGUCCAACGGGCCUCUCUUCCUCCCGCCUUGGGUUCAGCCGGCGGGCGCUGAUUGCCAGGAUACGGAACAGAAGGAGGCCUCAAAACCACAAUCCUUGAAUAUUGCUUGCGUGUUGAUAAGUUACGGUUAGAAAAGUUGCAUCUUUUUUUUAAAAAAAAAUCCAGUUUAGAGGAGGCCUUAAGUAGAUUCUGAAUUCUCCCACAUACAGUCUUUCUCCCAGUGAGCGAGGGAAACCAUAGUUUCUUGCUUUUCUUUUGUGUUAAACAAAAAUAAACUCAAUUUUGGUCAUGUCUCAGCAUUGCAGUUUCUAAAAAACAAUUUCAGAAGACUUUCAGUUAACCAGCACCUAUAUAAACAGAGUUUCUUGUUGCUAGAGAGUUACUGCUAAAAAUAGGCCUAACACAUAUUAUCCCCAUGCUAUACAUACAAUAAAUUCUGUAUUGAUUUGAUAUUAAUAUUGAAGCACUACAAUUACAAAGCAAAUUAAGAUUAAUAAAGACAAUUUUAUCUUAAUGUUAAACAGUUUUAUUAUAAUAAAACGUCUUUUGAAUUUUUAUUGAAA